AUGCGUCUCACACUCGCUAUCCAAGGCUUUGCCGCCCUGGCGGUGGCCAUGCCCGCUGCUCGCCCUCAGGAGAUCGAUGUCAACAUGGUUCUUGCUGCGCCUGAACCAGUGACUUAUGACCCUGCCGUCGGAGUCACUGCUCAAGUCGUGUCUUACGAUUACACUUCCCUAAUUGCUCAGGCCACUGCUCCAGCCACCUCAGUUGCCAGUGAUGUUGCCGCCACUGCCACCGCAAUUGAGAAGAGAGGAGCUGCUUGCACUUCUCUUGCUCCUGGAGCAUCCGGAGCCCCUACUUACUCUCCCGAUACCCCUUCUGCCUUUGCCGCAAACCCAGACUUCGCUUCUGUCGCCUCUAGUGCUCCUGUUCCUACCGGAUACAUCAAUACCUUCACCAACGCCAAUGCUUCCAGCAGCGCAUACGGCUACCUUGGUUUCACCACCCUCAGCACUUUUGAUACUGCCAAGUGCGCUGCUAAGUGCGAUGCUAUUUAUGGAUGUCUCUCCUUCAACCUAUACUUCGAACGAGACCCUUCUGUCGAUCCUGGUUCCGGUGCUUCGGGUUGUGAGAACCCUCCUUCCGUGACUUACAUCAAGUGCGUCUUCUGGGGUGGACCGGUUUCUAGACAAUACCGCAACCAGUUCCAGGUCUUGAUUGCUGGAUCGAACGGUUACACUAACAACACCCUGGCUGCUCCUGCUGGCUACUCUGAUGCCAUCUACUAUGGUGCUCAAGCCAUUGACGCACCUCUGGAUGCUCAAGGCUACAACACUUUCAUCACUAGCAAGAUCUUCAAUGGUCCCUUCGAUGCUAGACUUUGCGCUGCCGCCUGUGAUGCUCAAACUCAGUACGCCAUCAACAACCCCUCUGCCGACGGAUCUCCCGCCAAGAAGUGCCAGUUCUUCAACACUUACAUCCUGAACUUGAACGACAACAAGCACCCUCAGGGUCAGUAUUGUGCUAUGUACACCGAGGCUUGGCCUUCGAAGUACGCCACGUCUACCGGUUCUUCCACCAGCAGUGGCAAGCUCAUUGUCGAGUACAGUUACGGCUAUGUCAGCACAUCAGGCUCAGGCAUUGACCCCACCAAGGGCGAUCAGACUGGCGCCAUCUACCAGGCUUCUGGGGAGAUGAAGUCCGACCCUGCACAACUUAGCUCGGUCUUCCAGCCCUUCUGCUCAUCGUACCUCAGCUACUCUGCUGUUCCCACAGUCACUAUCACUGCAACAACUACUGUCUCGCCCGUAGCUACUUCUACUGCAUAUGCCACUUCUACCGCACCUGCCAUGCGCAAGCGUGACGAUGGCGAUGAGUCUGAGUACUUCCCUGGUCUGACAACCAACUCCACCAACGCCCUUCCUGCCGUUUAUGAUUCCAACAAGAACGUCACUUGGUAUCUUCCCGUCGAGUCCAUUGAUUCCGAUGAUGCUGCAAACUCUACCGCAGCUCCUGCUAAGCGUGAUAUCUCGACUCCUGCUGUCUUGACCAAGUAUCCUGCUACCGUUAUUUCUUCGGCCUGCGCUAUGCAAGUCACCCAAAACACUGUUGCCUCGACUGUCACAGUUAACGAGACAACCACCCUCGCCACAUCGACCACAAUCACCACUAUCGUGUCUGUCGUCACAGCCAGUGCCACUUCCACCAGCUCUUCUGCUGCAGCUACCCCUGUUGCAAACCUGAAACUCCGUAUUUCCUCCUCAGGCACCGGCGCCGAUGGCCAAGAACUCGAGUUCGAUUCUGCCGCUGCCUCCUCCGGCUACUCCAAUGCCUACAUCAACUACUACACCUACAGCACUCUCUUGCACAGCUCGGCCAUCACUCCCGGCUUCGUCCUCGACCCAUCGACUGGCUACCUCAAGGACAAGAAGUACGGCUACAUCAUGGCUGUCUACAACAGCUUCUUCCCUGGUACUGGUCUCGCUUACACAGUCAUGUUCUUCCCAGCCAACAAGGUCAAGGCUAAUGGAUACAUCCCUGUUACCUGUACUGGUUCUUCGGUGCUCAAGUGCUCAGCUAAGAACUCUUGGGGCGCUGUCCUUGAUAAUGUUUUCAUUCACUCUCAACUCACUCUCACCGGAGACGUUUUCUGGUCGUUGAGACUUGGUGAUGACAACUAUAUCCCUUUGGUGGACUCUGCUGCUCAGAUUGGAUUCCAGUAA